UGCCUAUUAUACUCCUUUUCAUUGCUUCUGCACUGUCCACUUUGCCUUAUUCUAUUAGCAGUUUAUUUGUGGUUCACAUUCAUGGGCAUGCUUCAUGCAUUGAUAUCGACAUAACCCUUGAAAUCGGUUCAGAGUUUUGAAUAUCAUCUGAUCAGUUUAUUUUGUGAUUCACUCAACCCUCUUGCAACAACUCAAGACUAUUCUGAGAUUCUUCAUCCGUUUAAAGAUUAAGAAUCCUGCAAGAUGGAUGCAGCUCGCAUGACCGGUGGCUCCAAGUACGAGUGCUUGCUUUUCGAUAUGGAUGACACACUCUAUCCACUGAGCUCAGGUAUCAACCUAGCUUGCCGGAAGAACAUACAAGACUAUAUGCUGGAAUGCCUGGGCAUUGAAGAAAGUCAAGUUCCCAAGAUGUGCUUGGAUUUGUACAUAGAAUACGGAACCACUCUGGCUGGACUUAAGGCCCUUGGUUAUGAAUUCGACAAUGAUGAGUUCCAUGCUUACGUGCACGGAAGAUUGCCUUAUGACAAGUUGAAGGCCGAUCCUUUGUUAAGGAAUCUCCUGCUUUGCAUGCCUCAGCGUAAAAUAAUUUUCACCAAUGCAGAUCAAGCACAUGCAAUUCAAGUUCUCAAGAGAUUGGGCUUGGAAGAUUGUUUCGAGGGCAUUAUAUGCUUUGAAACACUGAAUCCUCCUCAAAAUUUCAACGAUGUCGAUGACAAAGCAGAAAAUGGAUUUUUCAGCUCCAAGUCACGAAUACUCUGCAAGCCCUCCGUGGAAGCCAUUGAAGCUGCUAUUCGCAUUGCUAACGUGGAUCCUAAGAAAACAAUUUUCUUCGAUGACAGUGCUAGAAACAUUGCAAGCGGAAAAGCAGCUGGGCUUCACACAGUCAUCGUGGGGCGUUCAGAUUUGGUGCCAGGAGCAGACUACGCUCUGAGAAGCAUCCACAAUAUCAAAGAAGCAUUACCAGCAAUACGGGAGACAGAAGAGGGCCACGAACAGAAAGUGCUCCAAUCACAAGCAGUUGCAACCAUGGUCCAAGCAUAGGUUCCACUUGCUUGAUAAGCAAAUUAAGUCUCUUUGGGUCACUCCAUCAAAAUCUACAAAACCGUCCCCUUUGUCUCUGAGGGCGUUAAUGCUUUCACUAUAUGUCUAUAUUGAUAAUGUAAUUAAUCGCAUGCAAUGUAUGGGUAUCUUGUAAUGGCAACAGCCAUAAUCUAUUAGGGAAGAAGAAAGUACUACAAUUAUAAGAUUUAGCAAAUGUGUAUCAGUUUAGUACAUAUGAAAUAACGUUUUCGUACU